CCUCACUCCUUAUUAAACUAACCCCGUUGCCGUUCCUUCCUCCUGCUUCUUCUCUUCCUUCAGUUCAAUUCAUCUUCACACGUUUUUAUUAUCCAGAUACCCCCUCUCCUGCAUCUUCAAAAGGAUCUAAUCCUCUUAACGACCACUACUUUUCAUCACUUCACAACUUAUCCAAAAUGUCUUCUCUCGACCAGCUCAAGGCCUCUGGCACCACUGUCGUCUGCGACUCUGGUGACUUCGCUACCAUCGCCAAAUACCGUCCUCAGGAUGCUACCACCAACCCUUCGCUCAUCUUGGCUGCUUCCAAGAAGCCUGAGUAUGCCAAGCUGAUCGACCAGGCCGUUGCCUUCGGCAAGAGCACUGGCGGCGACCUUGACGCCCAGGUCGAUGCCACUCUCGACCAGCUGCUUGUUGAGUUCGGCAAGGAGAUUCUUAACAUUGUCCCCGGUAAGGUCUCCACCGAGGUCGACGCCCGCUUCUCUUUCGACACCAAGGCCUCCGUUGAGAAGGCUCUCCACAUCCUUGAGCUCUACAAGAAGAUCGGCAUCUCCAAGGACCGUAUCCUGAUCAAGAUCGCCUCCACCUGGGAGGGUAUCAAGGCUGCCCAGAUUCUCCAGAAUGAGCACGGUGUCAACUGCAACUUGACCCUCAUGUUCUCUCUUGAGCAGGCCAUCGCUGGUGCCGAGGCCGGUGCCUACCUCAUCUCUCCCUUCGUCGGCCGUAUCCUCGACUGGUACAAGGCCGCCACCAAGAAGGACUACACCGCCUCCGAGGACCCCGGUGUCAAGUCUGUCCAGGACAUCUUCAACUACUACAAGAAGUACGGCUACAAGACCAUUGUCAUGGGUGCUUCUUUCCGUAACGUCGGUGAGAUUACUGAGCUCGCUGGCUGCGACUACCUUACCAUCUCCCCCAACCUCCUCGAGGAUCUCUACAACUCCAAGGAGGCUGUUCCCAAGAAGCUUGCUUCUGAGAACGCCCACGUUGUCGACCUGAAGAAGCGCAGCUACAUCAACGAUGAGGCUCUCUUCCGCUUCGACUUCAACGAGCAGCAGAUGGCCGUCGAGAAGCUCCGUGAGGGUAUCUCCAAGUUCGCCGCUGACGCCGUCACCCUCAAGGACAUCCUCAAGGAGAAGAUCCAGGCUUAAAUUGAGUGACUAUGUGUCAUCUCAGUUUUCUGCGUCUCUUUUCCUUUGAUUUACAUUUCAUCCCUCAUAUACUCCCUUUUUUCACUUGAAACCUCUUUGAUCAAAUCGAUCGACUGAACUUUUCCACCAAGUUGAACAUCUAGACUGGAGCUUUUCGUUAUUUUGCAUCUUUGCUCGGACCUUUCUUCUCCAUCUUCUUUUUGUCACCAUGGGAAAAAUAGGAGAUGAAAAAAGGGAAAGACUGGUGGCGCGUGUGUUUUUUUUUU